AUGUCUCGAAAUCGCCCACGCCCCCGCGACAAUGGGCUUGGCAACAACGAGGAGAUGGAGCUCUGGACCCGGAUCUGCCAGGACAUUCGCAAGUCCAAAGAGAAGUUUGACCAGCAAGCAUCGCUGUCAGUGCAGAUCAAGACAUUGGUAGAGAAGAUUACUCGCGAGGGCAACAAACCAACAAUGUCAGAACACGAUCAACUCGACACAUGGCUACGGCAAAGCCAGAAGUUCAGCGAAGAAGAGCGCUCGAUCAUGCAGGAUGAGCCUUGCGACGUGAUCAAGAACCUGGAGCUGCUGACUGCACUCCGCAAAGCAUCAGAAGCAGAAGCUCCGCCAAAUCGAUCGUCCACCCUGAAUAAGUCUCGCAAGAAGCGAAGCGAAAUCGAGAGCUCGGCUACCGACUCACCCAGUGCUUCGGGUGUGGACAAAGCCAGUCGUUCCAAGGGCGGAGUACCCCGAAGCACGAGUGUGUCUAGCAACCAAGCGCGCGAUGGCCGGAGUGAUGGGGUUGCAGUUAAGAUUGAAGAAGGGUCUGAAGGGACGAAAGGCACUAUGGCUGAGCGCAGCGGUCUGCUCGUAGUUGGAGCACUGGUCGUCUUCAAGCAUAGCAAGAAUAAACAGGGAGUAGAAGGCGAGGGCAUUCAGUGCAUCAUCAAGAAUAUCUCAGGGGAUGGGCAUAAGAAACGAUGGUACGAUGUUCAAGACCCCGAGCCCAAUGAAAAUGGCGAGGAAGGUGCUGUCUUUAAGACUACUGCCUCAUCUCUCAUCCCUAUCCCACACGCUGGUGCCCCCUUGCCUUCAUUCCCCGUUGGUAAGCAGGUGCUUGCGCGAUACCCCGACACCACCACUUUCUACCGGGCAGAGGUGAUGGGUUCCAAGAAAGAUACCUAUCGCCUCAAGUUUGAAGGCGAGGAAGAUGACAAGGAGAUGGAAACCGAGCGACGCUUUGUACUGGACAUUCCCAACAAAUAG